AUGGCAUCAGUUAAUCCAGAAGCACCCCUCGAGGGCCAAAGUCGCGUUCAAGUAUCUGUUUACUCUCGCUUCAGACCCUUGCAGAAGCGCACCAUCACCGCCAUCGCUGCAUUUUGCGGCUUCCUCGCCCAGGCUUCAACGACAAGCGUUUUGGCGGCUGUCCCAGAGAUAGUUGAAACUUACCACACAACAGCGAAUGUAAUCAGCAUCAGUAAUGCGGUUUACCUUGCGUUCAUGGGCCUUUCAUCAUUGAUCUGGGGACCUUGGGCCGACAUUUUCGGCCGUCGCUCUGCCUAUCUCUACAGCAUCACACUAUUUCUCGUCUUCACGCUUGGCACGGCUUUGGCGCCUCAACUAGAGCUAUUCUUCCUAUUCAGGGCCUUCACGGCAUUUCAGGGAACUUCCUUCCUCAUACUUGGAUCCAGCUGCAUUUCUGACAUUUAUCAUCCCACUGAGCGAGCAACUUCUCUAGGCUGGUUUUUGAGUGGCACCACCGUCGGUCCGGCUUUUAGACCGCUUCUCGGUGGCAUAGUUGUCACAUUCACUUCAUGGCGCGUCAUCUUCUGGAUCCAAGGUUCACUUGCUGCCACUGCACUUGUUCUCGUUUUCUUCUGCCUCCCUGAGACUCUGCAUUAG